CCCCCGUCCUCGCCUCCGACUCUCGCCCGGUUCCCCUCCCUCUUACUCUUAUUUAUAGCUCUGCCCCGUUAGGUUUCUCGUUAGGGUUCCGUCACCCUCCGCCGUCUCCUUCUAUUGCUCCGCCUCCCUCGGUCCAUUCAUCUGAGGUUGUGGCUGGGCCGACCGUGGUUGGUUUCGCGGAUACCCAGCGACCUCUGCGGCUUGCGUUUCGCGUGGGCGUUUGAUCGAUUUCUUAGCCUCCCCCGUGUUCUGACGGACCGGCGUGGGGAUUCCGUGGUCGUCUGAGGUCGCGCCAGGGUUCUUCUUCUUUAUAACAGACCCUUCCUGCUUCGUUUGGGGGGGUGGCCGGGGCUCCGGCCUCGGCGGCUUGCAAAGCCCCCAUCUUGACAUCGAGAUCUGAAGGCGUAGCGUUCUUUUUAUCUUUGGUUGCGGCUGCGAACGGGAAGAGAUGCCGGCCCUCGCGUGCGUAGAUGCUGCAGUGCCGCCUCCUGGCUACGGCUUCGCGUGGGGCGGCGCUCUUCCCGCGCCGGGGGCAUUCCCCGGCGGCGCUCCGACGACGGCGGGCGGUGCCACCUCCGACUGGACCUCCCCGUGGUCCACCGACCACUCUGCGGCGCUCUACCGGAUCAACGGGUGGGGCGCUCCCUACUUCUGCGUCAACGCCGCCGGCGACAUCGCCGUCCGGCCACACGGCGCCGCCACCCUCCCCCACCAGGAGAUCGACCUGAUGAAGGUGGUGAAGAAGGCCUCCGACCCCAAGUCCGCUGGCGGGAUCGGUCUUCGCCUACCGCUUCUCGUGCGCCUUCCUGACGUCCUCAAGCACCGGCUCCAGUCCCUGCACGCCGCCUUCGACUUCGCCAUCCGAUCCAACGGCUACGGCUCCCGCUACCAGGGUGUCUACCCUGUCAAGUGCAACCAGGAUAGGUACAUAGUGGAGGACAUCGUGGAGUUCGGGUCGCCGUUCGGGUUCGGCCUCGAGGCCGGAUCGAAGGCGGAACUCCUCCUCGCCAUGAACUGCCUCACGAGGGCGAGCCCGGAGGCGUUCCUCAUCUGCAACGGGUACAAGGACGAGGAGUAUAUCGCCCUCGCCCUCGUCGCGCGUAGCAUGGAUCUCAACACGGUCAUCGUUCUGGAGCAGGAGGAGGAGCUCGACACGGUGGUCGAGACCAGCCAUAGGCUCGGCGUUCGGCCGGUGAUUGGCCUCCGGGCCAAGCUCCGCACCAAGCAUUCUGGUCAUUUCGGGUCCACCUCCGGAGAGAAGGGCAAGUUCGGGCUAACCACCACGCAGAUCCUCUCCGUAGCCCAGAAGCUCCAGCGUCUCGAGAUGCUCGAUUGUCUCCAGCUCCUGCAUUUCCACAUCGGCUCGCAGAUUCCGUCCACGACGCUCCUAGCCGAUGGCGUCGGCGAGGCAGCCCAAAUCUAUUGCGAGCUCGCGAGGCUUGGGGCGGCGAUGCGCGUGAUCGACAUCGGCGGUGGUCUCGGCAUCGACUAUGAUGGCUCUCACUCUUGUGGUUCCGACAUGUCAGUGGGUUACGGACUCGAGGAAUACGCCGGUGCUGUGGUCCGGGCGGUGAUUUCCGCCUGCGACCGGAAGCAUGUGCGCCACCCCAUCAUCUGUAGCGAGAGUGGCCGGGCUCUGGUGUCCCACCACUCGGUGCUUAUCUUUGAAGCGGUCUCAUCCAGCACCACGAAGGCUGAGCCAUUGCCGUCCAUUGGUUCCAACCUCGCUUACUUCCUGGAUGAGCUUGCGGAUGAUGCUCGGUCUGAUUACCACAAUUUAAUGGCCGCUGCCUUGGGCGGCGAGUACGAGACCUGCGCUUUGUACGCCGAUCAGCUGAAACGGAGGUGCAUCGACCACUUUAAAGACGGUGUUCUCGGCCUCGAGCACCUGGCGGCCGUUGAUGGUCUCUGCGACCUCGUGUCGAAGGAGUUGGGGGUGGCUGAUCCGGUGAAGACUUACCAUGUCAAUCUGUCGCUUUUCACCUCGAUGCCUGAUUUCUGGGCCAUCGGGCAGCUCUUCCCCAUCGUUCCAAUUCAUCGUCUCGACCAGCGGCCGGCGAUCAAGGGGAUUCUAUCCGAUCUGACAUGCGACAGCGAUGGUAAGGUCGACCGGUUCAUCGGCGGGCAGUCGAGCCUGCCGCUUCACGAGCUCGGGGGAGGAGAUGGCUUGGGAGGCGGAUACUACCUGGGAAUGUUUCUUGGAGGGGCUUACCAGGAGGCGCUCGGAGGGCUGCACAACCUGUUCGGGGGGCCGAGCGUUGUGCGGGUCUCGCAGGCCGACGGGUCGCAUUGCUUUGCGGUGACGCUGGCGGUGCCCGGCCCGUCGUGCGCGGACGUCCUGCGAGCGAUGCAGCAUGAGCCCGAGGUGAUGUUCGAGGCGCUCAAGCACCGGGCGGCGGAGUGCGCGGCCGGGGAUGCCGUGCCCCGCGCUCUCGCCCUCGCCUUCCACUCCAUGCCGUACCUCGUCUGUGCCGCCAGCGCCGCCGGCGUCUCCGCCAGCGACGGGGAGGGCACGGACGGGAUGAGCAGCGACUCGGACGGGUGCGCCGGGUGCGGCGAGGAGGAGGACGAGGAGUGGGAGUUCAUGCGCUGCUUGCACGUGUGAAUGGGCGGUCUGUUGCUGCCGCUCCAUUCAAACAUGUCAAGGCAAGUCGUGGUGGUGGUGGUCGUCGGAGUGUUUCGCGUUUUGGUGCUGUCAGCUUUUUCUUCUUCUCUCUCGUCGUAGUCGCUGUGUUAGAUUCCAAAUCUACUUUGAUUUUGGUGAUGGUGAUGCGCUCCGACCUCCUCUUGAGAAAGGGGGGGCGGUACGUGUCCUGCUUUGCUUUCUAUUCAAGUUGCUUUGCUUGUGUUA